AUGUUCGGUCCACGUCGGGGUCCUACUCUGAUUGGAAUCACCCAAGAAGAUAUUGAUAUGGUGGUGAAUCGAUAUCUUGAGACGACCACUGCCGAAGAGCCUUCCACAGCAGAAGCACCUCUCCCCGUCAGUCCAACUAAUAUUGAUCCUGCCGAAGAGCCAACAACAACUGUCACAGCACAAGCACCUCUCCCCGUCCAUCCAACCAAUAUCGAUCCUGCCAGCAAUGACAACAACACGGCCGACGCUUCAUCUGUCGCUUCUUCUGAACUUGUAACCCAGCUUCCCUAUGAGCACCUUCCUUACGGGCGCGAACGUGAAGAAAUUGUCAUGCAAAAUCUCCAGAUCAGCCACCUCGAAGAGAUGGAUCAGCAAUUCAACAGCCAACGAGCCAUCACCAACGCUGCCAUCGAAGGCAUGGCUGUAAACUACGAUGACAGAAUUGAGCAGCUGACAGAAGAGAUCCGCUCCAACCGCCUCGCCAUCCAGAUCCUCACCUGGCGCAACGAAGUCUUGACCGAGCUCGCCAACCCCGAUCAGGCAACCGAUCUUGAGGCUGAAAAAUACGCCGAUCUCCGCCAGCCUGAGAUCCGCCGCCUGAGAGCUGUGGGGCCCGCCGAGGCAUACAAUGAGAAGGCCAUGAAAGUUGAGAUGAACCCUCCCGUCUCAACUGUCUUGGGCAUCGAGGGGCAGGGAUACCUGGGUAGGGCGUCCGCUGGACGACUCUACGGUGCGGAGGAGGGUUUGGCUGUGUUCUCGUCUGGGGAGUUUGAGGCGAGUAGUGAGGGGGACGCUCGUGCUGGCACUGCCAGUGUCAGUUCUGGCUAUCUGAAUCUUGCAUCAGCAAAUCGAAGUCUUGUGUUUAGUGUCAAGCUUUAUCUAAGAAGAUAG